GUGGAGAGCAGUACACCGCUCAAUUAUAGAUUGACUUGUCACCGCUUGCAUCCCAAUUGAAUAAUGCAUACGGACACGGGAUAUCGAUUAUAUAUUUGGACGGUUGGAUAUGAUCCACCUUCGUAGAUGAAAGGUAGCUGACCAUUUUUUUUUUGUAAUCUAGGAGUCUAUUUAUGAUUUCUCACAGCUCCAAACAGCCCUUUGGGAACGAAGCUGAAGGUUGUGGAGAAACCUCAAUAUGAUCACCAACUAGUGUUGUUUCUUUUCAAGGUCGUCUGUUUCUGUGUUAGUUGGGUAGUUUGGAAGGAUGUCUGCUUCUGCAAGCGCCAAAGAGAAUUGUCUAGGUUGGGCAGCGAGAGACGCAUCAGGGUUCCUUUCACCCUUCCAUUUCAGCCGCAGAGUCCCUGGAAGUGAUGAUGUUUCCCUUAGAAUAACCCAUUGUGGAGUUUGCUUUGCUGAUGUUGCUUGGACAAGGAACAAACUUGGGAACUCAGUCUACCCCUUGGUUCCUGGGCAUGAAAUUGUUGGAAUUGUAACUGAAGUUGGAUCAGCUGUUACUCAUUAUAAAGUUGGUGACCAUGUUGGUGUGGGAACUUACAUCGACUCUUGCAGAGAAUGUGAAUACUGCAAUGACAGGCAGGAAGUGAAUUGUGUAAAAGGUGGAACUUUUACAUUUAACGGUGUUGACAAAGAUGGUACCGUAACAAAAGGAGGCUACUCGAGCUACAUUGUUGUUCAUGAAAGGUACUGUUACAGGAUUCCAGAAAAUUAUCCAUUAGCUUCAGCUGCACCAUUACUAUGUGCAGGUAUCACUGUAUAUUCACCCAUGAUACGUCAUAAGAUGAAUCAGCCUGGAAAAACUCUUGGAGUUAUUGGGCUUGGUGGCCUUGGUCAUAUGGCUGUAAAAUUUGGAAAGGCUUUUGGCCUUCAUGUGACAGUCUUUAGUACGUCAGCAUCAAAAGAAAAUGAAGCUUUAAGUUUACUUGGGGCUGACAGAUUUGUCCUCUCUUCAGAUAACGAGCAAAUGAAGGCUAUGAAUAAGUCCCUGGACUUCAUAGUUGAUUGUGCUUCUGGUGAUCAUUCCUUCGAUUUGUACAUGCCGCUUCUGAAGGCUUGUGGGAUUUUGGUAUUGGUAGGCUUCCCAAGUGAAAUUAAAGUUCUUCCUCAUAACCUUCUUCUAGGAAUGAGGACCAUUGCAGGCAGUGUCACCGGUGGAACAAAAGACACACAAGACAUGAUUGAUUUUUGUGCUGCGCAUGAAAUAUAUCCAAAUAUUGAAGUGAUCCCGAUUCAGUAUAUCAAUGAAGCACUGGACAGGAUGAUAAAGAGGGAUAUCAAGUACCGGUUUGUUAUCGACAUUGAAAGUUCUCUCAAGUGAUGCUGUUUGAAGAGUUUUCACCCUAGAUUUCUUUUCCUAGAAAAGCGACGGGUUUCCGGUCUGGAUAAGGGGAAUAAUUAAGGCAGCAUAAUGCAGGAUGUUUGAUGCUUGUACUGCUAUUUGUGUUUUAGUAAAAAUUUGUUUAUGGUGCAUGUAAAAUGUUAAGCAGUUCUCUUAGCUUUCCGGUCAUAAAACCCAUGCCAUAGAUAAUUUAAUAUUCUGAAAAUACCGCUAUCUCAUUUUGAUUGACCUUUAACGAUGAUAAUGUCUCUGUUGGUAACU